AUCAAAAACAACGUCGGGCCAAUGCCGCAGAGAGAAAAGUAACCUCUCCAGUCCAACCCGUCGUCCUCUUUACUCCCCUUCUCCUGCGUGCCUCCUUUUCCUCUCCGUUUCCCAUUACUACACCAUGCAAGUUUUCAGGCGUAAUACCGCCUCUGCGUUGCGCAAUGCUGUCCUUUGCCAGCGCCGUGGGCUCAUAACCUCGACUGUUGGAUACGCAGCCACGGCGGACAACCUUCGGAUCAACAGCGAUACAAAAGUCAUCUACCAAGGGUUUACUGGGAAACAGGGAACAUUCCACGCCCAGCAAGCUAUUGACUAUGGAACAAAUGUGGUCGGCGGAACAAAUCCUAAAAAGGCCGGACAAACGCAUCUUGGAAAGCCAGUGUUCGCCACGGUGAGGGAUGCUGUGAAAGAAACUGGCGCAACCGCAUCUGCCAUCUUUGUCCCUCCUCCAUUAGCUGCCAAGAGUAUCGAAGAGGCAAUUGAAUCCGAAGUUCCUCUUGUUGUUUGCAUCACGGAAGGUAUUCCACAACAUGAUAUGGUCCGCAUCACCGAUAUCCUAAAAACGCAGAACAAGACAAGAUUAGUCGGCCCCAAUUGCCCCGGGAUAAUCGCCCCAGGCCAAUGUAAAAUCGGCAUCAUGCCAGGCUUCAUCCAUAAGCGGGGUCGCAUCGGCAUUGUCUCCCGCUCCGGCACCCUUACCUAUGAAGCUGUCAACCAGACCACGCAAGCGGGCCUCGGCCAGUCCCUCGUCGUCGGAAUCGGUGGUGAUCCUUUCUCUGGCACCAACUUCAUCGACUGCCUCAAAGUCUUCCUUAAUGAUGAGGAAACAGAUGGUAUUAUCAUGAUCGGCGAGAUCGGAGGCAGCGCCGAAGAAGACGCGGCAGAGUUCCUCAAGCAAGAGAAUAAAAAGAAUAAACCUGCUGUUGGGUUCAUUGCUGGCAUCAGCGCGCCACCCGGACGACGGAUGGGACAUGCGGGUGCCAUCGUGAGUGGUGGCAAAGGCGGCGCUGAUUCCAAGAUCUCCGCGCUUGAGUCUGCUGGCGUGAUUGUGGAGCGCAGCCCGGCUGCGUUGGGAAAGACUCUCCUUGCAGAGUUUGUGAGGAGGGAUCUUGUAUAAAAGCUCGUUUAAAAAUCUACACUAUUGUGGUGUUCUCAGACUUCUGAACCCGUUUCUUUUGUCUUCUUUGUUUUAUAAUACCUUUUUCAUUCAAUUCAUGUGAUUAUAUCAUAGUUCCUUUUCCUUCCUUAUUUUUCUUUCCUUUUUCCAUAUGCACCUAGGAUUUCCGUUUUUAGCCUUUUACCACCACUGUCAAUCGUGACCAAUGCCAAGUCGAAGGAGGCGAGUGAUUGUUUUCCUGACACUCUAUCAUGGACAUGGGAACGUCAUUCUCUUUUGCAGGCGCAAAGUUAGAUACAAGAUACAAUAAUAAUACACCGGCUCAAUCAUUUCCUCCG